AUGGCUUCCCUUGGUGACAGAACUAAUGAAAUUUCACCUAACCAUGUUGAGAUUCUUAUCCAUGCAAUUAAUGGUGUUGAUCCAAAACCAAGUCAAGAGAUUGAAGAGAGCAACAUUGACUACUCUAAGAGGGCUCAAUGGCUCCGCGCAGCCGUGUUAGGAGCCAAUGAUGGGUUGGUCUCUGUUGCAUCAUUGAUGAUGGGUGUUGGAGCUGUUAAGGAAAGCAUCACAGCUAUGAUUCUUGCUGGCUUUGCAGGGUUAAUUGUUGGGGCUUAUAGCAUGGCAAUUGGAGAGUUUGUCUCUGUGUACACUCAAUAUGACAUAGAGAUGGCUCAAAUUAAAAGAGAGAGAGAAGUUAAUAUUGCUGGAGUGGGUGAAGAAGAUCAAAGGGAGAAGCUGCCAAAUCCAUUUCAUGCUGCUUUAGCAUCAGCCCUUGCAUUUUCUGUGGGUGCUAUGAUACCACUUUUAGCAGCUUCAUUUAUAAGAGACCGUAAGAUUAGGCUGGCUGUUGUUGCUGUUGUGGCUAGCCUUGCAUUGUUUGCAUUUGGAGGGGUAGGAGCUAUGCUUGGAAAAACUCCAGUGUGGAAGUCUUGUGUCAGAGUGCUGAUUGGAGGUUGGAUAGCUAUGGCCAUAACAUUUGGCCUGACCAAGUUGAUUGGCUCUGCUGGACUUAGGAUGUGA